AUGGACGAGGAAUGCAAGGAGCAAUGGCAGUUUCUGAUCGGGAAGUGGUUGGACUGCAAGCAGCGAGGGAAAAGCUACGUGGUCAACUGGGCCAGAGGCAAGCCUGACAGCCUCUCUGUGAAGAUGCUGAGAGGGGGCAAAGGGGACAGAGGUGGCAUAAACGUCGUGCUGACUUAUGACAAGCCCCGCAACCUCUUGGUGUGGCCGGCGAAGAGAAAGUUCACACUGUGCUUGGACGACUGCGGAGAAUCCGUCAGGUGGCGUUACCAGGACACGGGUGAGGCAGCCAAUGAGUGGAAGCAGGAGCCUGUGUCGCGAGCCCCGCUCGACCGCAAGCGGCGCCUGGAAGAGGAUCGAGGCCUCUCUGAGCCAGAGGAGCUGGCAAGCGACGACAUCUUGGACUCGCCGGAGCUCGACAAGAGCCAGGUCUUCUUCCAGAUCGUGACCUGCGGCAAGGAUCGCUUUAAAGAUCACCACAUGCAGGAGCAGGCCAUCGUUUUUGACGUCAGGGACUUCCACGACCCUGGAGCUGGCGAGCUGAAGCACCACGAUGGGCGCCACGAUGAAAUCAUCACUCGCAUCCGGCAGCACGGCUCCUUCGCUUCCUUAGUCGCCAGCCUUCGUCGCCGCAUUCGCAGAGCAGUUGAAGGCAGCCCAUGGCCCGGCCUCCAUCAAGAUCGUGUUCUACUGCAAGUCGGGCGCCACCGCUCGGUGGCGUUGGCACGAUCUUCAAUCUACAUCCUGCUGUACGAGAACUUCCGUAACACGAAACUGGAACAUGAAGGCAACUUUGAUGGCUUCGUGUGCUGCCAGUGCGGGAGGUGCAGGUGCAGGACAGCUUUGCGACUGCAAGCCUGUGAAGACGCGCUGCGCGAAUGGAAGAGACGUAGACCAAGCGCAGCUGCUUGA